CCUAACUUUGCAAUUAACUGCCCUCCUCCACCCCACCGCCCAGGCCCUGGGGUGUAGCAGCCCCCGCAACCUGGAGGCAAUAAAUCCCCCAGGGCUGGAGGCCUGCUGGGCUAUGGAACGGGGGUGUUAAUAUCCCUUUAAGCAGUUCCUUUACUUUGCAUUUCUCCCCCCCACGUCCCCCCCUCCUCUACUGUUUUCUUCUCCCUCAGGGUCCUAGGGGCUGACUCAUUCCGCUCCAGCAGGGAGUGGGCAACAGCAGCUCCAGCAGCAGCAAAAGCGAGGCAGAAGCCAGAGAGCAACCCCCUGUCCCUCCCCCGCAAAGAUGGAGGAGCCCGAAGCGAGCAUUGUGGUGAAGCUGGAGGGUGACUCGGAGGAAGAGGAGGAGAAAGAAGAGGCUGCCAUCUAUGCCAAGUGCGGCCGGCGCUACAAGUGCUUGCCGUGCGGCAAGACCUUCCCCAGCGUGCCCCGGGUGCUCCGCCACGCCAAGUGCCACGCUGGGGGGGGCACUGCCACGGCCAAGCACGCCUGCCCCAGCUGCGCCAAGGAGUUCCCCGACCGCUCACAGCUGCACAAGCACCAGCUGAGCCACUCGGCCGAGCGCCCCUUCCAAUGCCUGCAGUGCUCCAAGGCCUACAAGACGGCGCCGGAACUGCGUAGCCACGGACGGAGCCACACGGGCGAGAAGCCCUUCAUCUGCCAGGAGUGCGGCAAGGCCUUCAUGCAGCCGGUGUGCCUGCGCGUCCACAUGGCCCGGCACACCGGCGACCUGCCCUUCCGCUGCUCCCACUGCGCCAAGGGCUACGGCACGCUCUCCAAGCUGAAGAUCCACCAGCGGGCCCACACAGGCGAAAAGCCCUACACCUGCGGCGAGUGCGGCAAAGCCUUUGCCGACCCCUCGGUCUUCCGCAAGCACCGGCGCAUCCACGCCGGCCUGCGCCCCUACCAGUGCAGCGCCUGCCAAAAGACCUACGCCGAGCUGAAGGACCUGAAGAACCAUGAGCGCAGCCACACCGGGGAGAAGCCCUUCCUGUGCUCCGACUGUGGCAAAGCCUUCUCCCGCUCCUCCUCGCUCACCUGCCACCAGCGCAUCCACGCAGAGCAGAAACCCUACUGCUGCGGCCAGUGCGGCAAAGGCUUCACCCAGCUCUCGUCCUACCAGAGCCACCAGCGCACCCACUCCGGGGAAAAGCCGUUCCUCUGCCCGCAAUGUGGCCGCAUGUUCUCAGAUCCCUCCAGCUUCCGGCGCCACCAGCGGGCCCACCAGGGCGUCAAGCCGUACCAGUGCGAUAAGUGCAGCAAAGCUUUUCGCCAGCCGGCUGACCUGGCCAUGCACCAGCGGAUCCACACCGGUGAGCGGCCCUACAAGUGCCUGCAGUGCGACAAGACCUUCGUGGCCUCCUGGGAUCUCAAGCGGCACCAGCUGGUGCACUCGGGCGAGCGGCCAUUCCAGUGCGGGGAGUGCGGGAAGAGCUUCGCCGAGCGGGCCAGCCUCACCAAGCACUACCGGGUGCACUCAGGCGAGCGGCCCUUCAAGUGCGGCCGCUGCGGCAAGACCUUCGUGGUCUCUUCCAGCCUCCGCAAGCACGAGCGGACCCACGGUGAGCGGCGGGGCGGGGAGGAGGAGGAAGAGGAGGAAGAAGCGGGAGCCACGGCCCGGCACAUCUGCCGGCUCUGCGGGGCCGCCUUCGGCGAGACUGCGGCGUUGCGGCGCCACCAGCGAGGGGAGCACCCGGAGGUGGCCCCUGGGGCGCUCACCUGUGCCGAAUGCGGGGAGACCUUCUCCUCACCCUACGACCUGCGCAAGCACGAGCGGCUCCACCCCGGCCUGCGCCCUUUCCCCUGCCCCGAGUGCGGCAAGGGCUUCUCCGAUCGCGCCGGCCUGCGCAAGCACGAGCGCAUCCACUCCGGGGUGCGGCCUCACGGCUGCCACCGCUGCGGCAAGGCCUUCCUCGGCGCUGCCGACCUCCGCAAGCACCUGCGCACCCACGGCCCCGCCCCCGGCCCACCCCUUGACGAGGCCGCCCAGCCCCCCAACGGGCCUGACAGCUGCCUGCCAGAAGGACUGAGCCAGUCCUCCUGAGCCCCUCCCACCUCUGGAGGGUGUGGCUGUUUGGUAA